CAAUCUUGCACUUUGUAAUAUUCCUGCACCAUGUCAUCCGAUGAAGAAGAUGUCGACUUGAAUGAAGACUCUACUACCCAGAUAGAUAACGCAUCAGAGGAUGGGACCGACAUGAUGGAUACCGAUGACCCGAUGCCCUCGACAGAUACACAGCAACCAAGUACUGUAGAUGAUACGGUGCAAAAACGCGUACUGCCUAAAAUGCAACUCCACGCCAAUACGUGCAAAUCAUAUAAUAUUGUCCCUGUGGGUGCGGCCAUCCAUCCCAAUCCCAUUUAUUCAAUUGCGGCUACGCGGUGUUUCAGAUGGGUACUGACUGGUUCAGAAGAUGGAUAUAUUCGAAAAUGGGACUUUUUUGCUUCCAUGAAUGGAAAAACAAUGUUGACUCAGGUACAGCGGCAUCAACUGGUAGACUCCAUCACGAAAGCCGGCUAUCUUGCAUCAUGGUGGGAGAAUGAAGAGCAGCCAGAGCCGAAAUUAAAGGCUGAGCCUAGCGAGACGAGUGAAGCGACACCCGCUCCUGAACAAAAAUUAUCCCCUGUAUAUAGUGUAGAUAUUCAAUCGGAUGGCCUAUGGGCAUUGUCUGGAUUGGAGAAUGGGUCCAUCAAUCUGGUAACGGUACGACAUGACGAAGGAAAGUGCCAUCAUGUUUUCUGGAAGCAUGCUGCCCCUGUAUCAGUUUUGAGUAUCAUGCCUGGCGAGAGAUCCUUUAUAAGUGGUUCAUGGGACAAAACCAUUGUGGAAUGGGAUUUGGAUACCGGAUCUGUACAGCGUGAAUAUGGUGGAUACACUUCACAAAUUUCCUCUAUCUCAUUCCGGCCGCUGGAAAAGGAACCUGUCACAACCAACGCCGGAGAGGAUAUGGAGCAAGAUGCCAGUGACAAAGAGGAAACGUCAGCCAGUCAACAGGACGCAACGGAUGCUAACAGCGAAACUGAAGAAACCAAGCCAGAACCUAGUGGCCCGGAGCCGUUAAGUAAAGACCCAAAUAUAAUGCUCACCACUAGUAUUGAUGGAACUUGUUUACUAUGGGAUCGAAGAGAACCUGCAGAGGCUUCUAGACGCCUAAAUCUUCCCGACAAAACGCCCCCGUGGUGUCUAUCGGCGUGCUGGAGCGCUGACGGUUCCAAAAUAUACACUGGACGAAGGAAUGGAACAGUCGAUGAAUAUGAUUUUGCAGCUCAAAAGCUAAUACGAUCGUUCCGAAUGCCUGCAAAUUCAGGACCGGUUUCGUGCGUUGCAAGUUUACCCAAUGGCUCUCAUAUUAUUUGUGCAUCAAAUGAUAAUAUACGCAUGUGGAAUACUUCAAUAGACUCGACAUUUACUAUCCAACCAGGGGAUGACGGAGGUUUUGUCAAACCCACUAAACUUUCAUCCAUUAUUCCAUUCACUAUCCUACCUGGUCAUCAUGGAGCUGUGAUCUCGAACAUAUUAAUUGAUCGCACCUCAAAGUACAUGAUCACGACAUCAGGAACGCGUGGAUGGGAAGGAACGUCUAAUAAUGGUUGUCUUUUGUAUGAUAUCCAACCUGUAGUAUAAAUGUUGUUGAACUGUAGCCAUGUUUCAAGUACAAUACAAAAUGUUCAAAUCUUUUUAUUUAUUUAUUUAAUUGUCUGGCAAACAACACAGAUCAAUAUUGGAGGGGAAUCUGGGGAGUAUCAUUGCAGGAAUUUAGAACCAACUAUCAUCUUCAACGACAGUAGUGUCGCCGUAUCGGUCAGUCUCGGUGACAGUGGUCUCGUCACGGAACCAUCCAUCUUCUUUUUCGAUGACU